AAGAAAUUCACAUGAACAUUAUUAUGGUGGUAAUGAUGAUGAUGAUGAUGAUUUUGAAACCGAUGAUGAAGAUGAUCAAAUGCCAAUGAUGAUGGUGAAUGAUUAUCGAUUAUCAUCAUUAAGUCGUGAUGCUAAAAAUCGUUUACGACGUGCACGAAUGAAACGAUCACAAUCCACAACUACUAUGUAUAAUGGUAGUGUUAAUCGUAAACAUUUUGUUAAUGAUGAAAUAUUAGUUCCAGAUAAUCGUCCGAUUCGUAGAGAAAAAUCAAUAAUGAUGACACAUUCACCAUCACCAGCAACUGUAUCGAUAAAAUCAUCGAAAAGUUUAUCAAUAGAUCCAAAUCGUUCAUAUUCGGAUACGGUUUCCGAUUCAAGUUCAAGUUCAAUGCAAUCACGAAAUAAAAUUAUUGAUUCCGUUGUUUUCGUUAAGAAUUUGUCGAAAAACAAAGUUGAUUCCGAACAUGUACAAUCAAUGAUUGGUGGAUGGUCAUGUCAUUUCUGUACAUUUAUUAACAAUUCUGAUCGCAAUGUUUGUGAUAUUUGUUGUAAAACACGAUUAUCGCCUGUUGAACAAAUUAAAUCUACAAAUUCAAAUCCAAUUCCGAAAAAUGAAAAUUUAUCCAUUAAAACUGAUGAACAGCCGAUACAAAACGAACAGGAAAUUAUUUUUGAUGAAAAUUUCGUUCAAGAACAAAUUGAAAUUGAAAAAAAAUUACAACAACAAAAAGAAAAUGAAUUAAAUUUAAUGGAAACAAAUAAAAAAUUUGAAUCAAGUCAUCAAAUUGAUUCAUCAUCUGGUAUCAUUGAAAAACCAAUUGAUGAUGAUUCAAUCAGCAAAAAAAUUGAUCAAAAAUCAACUGAUAAUGGCAAUAAAGGAUUAGAUCAUGAUGAUGAAAAAAUUGUUGCCAAAAUAAUAGAGGAAAAAAUUUCCCAGCAAUUUGAAAAAUUAAAAUUAUCACCACAAUCAUCAUCCUUAACUUCCAGAUCUGUCGAUAAUGAUCAAUCAAACGUUUCACCAAUCAAUAAAGAUCCAAUAAUUUCACCAACAAAUCCUACAAUUCAAUCAAUGAAUCAGCAACAAUUUUAUCCAAUAAAAUCAAAUUAUUCAUGGUCAAAUUGUUCAACACCAUUACCAUUGAAUCAAAUCAAUUAUCAUUCACAUAGACCAUCAUCAUCAUUAAGUAGUAGUAAUAAUUCAAUGGCCAAUAAUAUAUUUGGUUUGAAUCAAUCGAUGAUGAUGGAUUCACCUUAUUAUCAACAAAAUUUAAAUUUUCAAGAUGAUAUUCAAUCGAUUAUCAGCAAUAGUAGUAAUUCAUCAUUAUUCUAUCCGAAUUUUGUACCAAAUCAACAGCAACAACAAAAAUCAUUGAUAAAUUCAGGUAAACAAAUGAUACAAAUUAUUCGUGAUGCAGAGAAAAAAGGCUACUCAUCAGAUGAUCUUGAAGUAGCCAUACAAUUUGAUCCUGUUUCCCCGUUAGAAUGGUUGGAAAAAAAUUGGAAAAAUCUUUGUGAAAUUGUACGAACAAUAUCGAAUAAUCAGAUUGUAGAAUUUGAAUCAACAAAUGGAAAUUCAAAGAUUGAAAAUUUUUCAAUGAUAACCGAAAAAGAUGCUAAAAUUGCAUUACGUUUAUGCAAAGGAAAUCUAUUACAAUCAAUUGAAAAAUGUGUUCAACGUUAUCAGGAGAAUAAAUUGUUUGAUUCAAAUGUUAAUAAAAAUUUACCAACAAAAAGUGAAUUUUUUGCUAUGAAAGUAACCGGUGUAGGAUCUGGUCGUGCAAAUAAUGAUGCUAACCAUUUGAUAAAUGCAAAUGAUAAUUUGGAAUUUCAAGAAUCAAACAAUGCAAAAGAAUUUAAUCUUUCAAAACAUUCAAAAUUACCGAUGGAAGAAUUUCUUCAAUCGCCUGAUGGUCUGAUGGAUAAAGAUAAAUUAUUGGAAUUUUAUCUGGAAAAUAUUCGUGAUUCAAAAAAUCUACCAGAUUUUAAUCAAUUAGAAACAUUAAUAAUGAAUUGGCAAAAAGAAAAAAUGAUCAACGAUCAGGAACGUGAACAAUCCAGGAUUCGUGAAAAAGAACGACAAAAAAUGCAAAAAUUAAUCGAUAUUCAAAAAAGAAUUGAUAAUGGUGGCGGUGGUAGUGGUUAUUUAUCCGAUGGUACAACCACUGAAGAAGAAUUGGAUCGUGAAGUUGCACGUGUUUUUCAGAAUCGACCAUCAUUAUCAUCUUCAGAAUUGAUGAUUGAUUCGUCAGAUCAUACACCAAUAUUUACGGAACAAGAUAUCAAUCGACAACAACAACAAUCGAAAAAUAGAAAACAACGAAUCGAAACAAAAUUAAAUGAAUUAGUUGCAAAGCAUACAGCAGCAGCAACAGCAGCAAUUUCAUCAUCAAAUGAUGAGAAUAUUACACCUAUUCAACAAACUGUUGUUGAUGCUGAAGAAGAAUUAUCACCCAUCUCGAUUUCAGCUGAAUCGGAUGACAAUUUUACCGAUGCUGUUGCUGAGAUUGAAUCAUCAUCACCGUUAUUUUUAUCAUCAAAACAACAACAACAACAAAACAAACAAAUAAAAGCACAAAUCGUUAUUGAUCAGAUUUAUAAAUUUAUGGCAACAACACAACCGGUGAAAAAUGUUGCCGGAAAAUUUUCGAUAGGAAAUCCUAUAUGUUUAUUAUCGACGAAAAAAAUUAUGGAAAAAAUUUAUCGAAAUCCAUUGAAUUUACAGACAAUUUCCAGCAUCAACACUGAUGUCCGUCAACCACAGACAACAGGAAAUCCGAUUUUAAUUCAGCCAGCUGAAACACCGAAAUUGAUAAAAUCUUCACCAGUAAACAAGCUUGAAUCAGCGGAACCAGAAUCCUCAUCAUUAUCGAUUGUCGAGAAAUCCAAUUCACCAUUAUCAUCGCCAGUUGAACAACAACAACAAUAUUCAUAUGAAUUUCAAUGGGCAAGAACCGAAUUAGAAUGUGAAUUAUGUACAAGAAUAGUAUCGAUUGAUGAUAUUAUUGUUAUGAUUACAUGUCAACAUUAUGCAUGUCAUAAUUGUAUGAAAAAUUAUCUACAAAUACAGAUACGUGAACAACAACGUUUAGUUAUACAAUGUCCAUUUUGUAAUGAACCGGAUAUUGGUGCUGAACAGGAUGAAAAAGUUUUUGAAUAUUUAGCUAUAUUUGAUCCAUUCAUUCGUCAUAUAAUCGAUAGGGAUGUUUAUGAAUUAUUUCAAAGAAAAAUGCGUGAUCGUGCAUUAAUGAGAGAUCCAAAUUUUCUUUGGUGUAUAAAGUGUUCAUCCGGUUUUAUUGUACCAAAUCCAAAAGCAUUGACAGUAAUUUGUCCGGAUUGUCGUCAUACAUUUUGUCGAUCAUGUAAAAAACAAUGGAAACAACAACAUUUAAAUCAAUCUUGUGAACAAUUUGCUCUAUGGGAAAAAGAUCAUAGUCUUGAUUAUGCUGAACAAUUAUUGAAUAAACAUUUGGAAGAAUUUGGAAUCGAAUGUCCAAAUUGUCAUUUUCGUUAUCAAUUAGCGAAAGGUGGUUGUAUGCAUUUUCGUUGUACACAAUGUUCAUUUGAUUUUUGUGGUGGUUGUUAUCGUCCAUUUAAAUUGGGUAGUAGAUGUUUUCGUGCUAAAGUAUGUGAACGACUUGGUCUUCAUGCACAUCAUCCAAGAAAUUGUCUAUUCUAUCUUCGUGAUAAAGAUAUUAGCGAUCUAAGGAAAUUAUUGGAUGAAAAUCAUAUCGAAUAUAAAACCGAUGAUGAUGUUAAUGAUCAGAAUAAAAAAACGACAACGGCGACGACUACGUCGAUAACAACAUUAUCAAGAUGUCAAGUAAUGGAACAAAAGGAGGUGAAUUUUGCAAUGAAAGAUAAACCAUGUAAUCGUUUUGUUGAUGUAGCCGGUCUUUGCAAAUUACAUUAUAAAGAAUAUCUUGGAAAUUUAAUCUAUCGUAAUCGUAUUGAUCCAAUUUCAAUAUUCAAUGAAAUGGAAUUAGAAUUAACAUUGAAAAGAGAAAAUAUUAGAAUUCCAUCCAAAAUACGUGGUGAAGAUUAUUUGGGUAAAUUAAAAGAACUAAUUUUGGAAAAGAUUCCAUUAUAGACUCUACAUAUAUUAAAAUUAUUGUAAUAAUAAUUUUAGAAAAUAAAUUCA